AUGAAACAGAUCACGCAAGAAAAGCAACGAAAUGUAGAAAAGGCAAAUAAAUAUCUCGUAGGAACACUGAGAAAUUUUCAAGUAAACUUGGCGGACAAACAUAGUAAGGCGCAAAAGUUAAGUAGUCUUGAAAAAGAGAUCAACAGGACGAAAGAGGAAAUUGGUCGAGAUCGUCAAGAAAUUGAUAUUUUAAAACGAAACCUUAGAACCAGGAGACAGGUCCUACAGGAAUCACUUGCCUAUUUUAAAAAAUUCAAGUCUCAUCAGGAGGCCUUGGUUGUAAAAGAUAUGGAAAACACAAAAGAGAGGUGGUGCCACGUGCAUCAGGUUCUAACGCAUUCGAGAAAGGUUUUGAUCGCAGAAUUGGUAUCAUUGUUUGAUUUAAAGAGAAUAUCAGAUCCGUCAUCACAUAACAACGCACCAAAAGAUGGUAAAGUCAUCGAUGACGAUGGUGAAUAUGCAAUAGCUGGUAUGACACUACCAAAAAAAGCCGAUUUUGUCAGAUAUUCUCAUGAAAAUAUAAAUGCAGCCGUCGGACACGUAAUACACAUGUUAGGGUUGGUUGCACAUUACCUCGGAGUCAAACUACCAUUCAUGGUGGUCAAUAGAGGCUCCAAGUCAUACACCAAAGGCUCUGUGCCCGGAAUCCCGAUAAGUAAGAUGCCACUUGUUUUAAACGAUCGAAACUUAGAACGUUUCACCGUUGGAAUGGCGAUGCUUAAUUACGACAUUGCAUAUUUGUGCCACACCCAAGGCGUAGAGAUUGCUUCUCAUAAAGUGCCUCAUACACUCCAAAAUUUAUAUCUCUGUUGUCAAGCGCCAAAUCUUGGACGUUCGGGUCAUCUCACUGCCUUGAAUCGAAUCUUUGACCAGUCUUUUAGCUUAGACUUUGAAGAGGUAUUGCGUAUGAUGUUCGCACUGAGGAACGGAACUGAAACAAAGGAUGGCAUCAUAGACAAAAAUAUUCCUGGUGUGUCCAUAUCUGACUAUAUCGAAGAAGAUUUCGAAGAUGAUAAUGAUGAAGACGGUGACAAUUGGGUUAUAUGUGAUGGUACGACUUACAACCCAAGUUGCUCAUCGACACAAUUUUGA